CAUGGUAACUCAUUUCUGUCUAGGUUCUGUGGUCUUGGCUGUCUUAGCAACAGCUGUUGCUGACCCAGAUAUCAAAGUGGUCUGUGCUAAAGACUCUGUGCGAGUGACAUGGAGGGUGGCCCCCCAGUUCGUCCCAUACGCAGCUCGGUUCUUCCUUGGAAGCUGCAUGCCGUCAUCGUGGAAAGUUCUGCCCACCGGAGAGGGAGAAGCACAUUUUAACUACAAAUUCUAUGACUGCAAGUUUACCAAGCGGCUGAAGGGAAAACGCAUAAUUUAUCAAAACGAGCUGAGCUUCAGGCCACAAGCAAAACCGAAGCCUGUCGUCUUUAAAUAUCCCGUCCAAUGUGUCCAGAAACGACCUGAAGGAAGAAUCCCCCACUUCCUAAAUCCUGGCUCAGGUGUUUCUGAGGGACGCAGUAAGCUAGUCUUUCAUGUGGCUCUCCUGAAUGAGCAAUUAACAGGAGUCUCAAAGACGAAUGUGAUUCCCCUCGGCUCAUUCAUACCGAUCUGGGCAGCUGUGGAGCAGAAGUCCCAUCAGCCGCUGGUGCUCCUCAUGGAUGAGUGCGUCGUGGCCUCAACCCCAGAACUGGAACCUGGCAACCAACUUUAUCCCAUUGUUGGCAAUCAUGGGUGUCUGCUAGAAAGUAAAAGGGGAAGUUCACUGUUCCUUCCUCGGUACCAUUCAUCUGCCAUAAUUCUCUAUCUCCAGUCUUUCAAGUUUGGGAUGGGAGGAGAGGUAUACAUUCACUGCAAUCUAAUCGUGUGGGAUGGGGAUUAUGAUAAACGCAGGAAGGCGUGCCAUGUGAAAGAUGGGAGCUGGGAGCUGCUUGAUGACCCUGCUCGGAGCUCUCUGUGCAACUGCUGUGAUAACGCUUGUAGUCCUCGCACCAAAAGGGCAACAAGCUGGGAGCCUCACAGCAUGCACUUCAAUUCUGUGUUGGGACCCAUCAUCAUAGUCGACCAGCCAGCCUCUAUGACGAAUGCCUCUCUGCCUGAGACUGAUGCAGCUGGCUCACAGGAAAUUUAAGUUGAAGCUGAACUCCAAGGUGCAGCCUGUGGCACUAAUUUACAAGAUUCUGGACACUUGUGUUUUUUUUUUUUUUUUUUUUUUUUGUUUUUUUUAAGAACCUGAAAUUGCCUGACUUGAUGCUGUUGUGAAAUAAACCCUGCUCUAAUUUAGACUUUUUUUUUUUUUU